AUGGGAAAAGCUACAAGGUGGUUGAGAGGCCUGUUGGGUAUUAAGAAAGACAAGGAAAAUGUGGAGAAUUCGAACAUUGGGGACAAGAAAGAGAAGAAAAGGUGGAGUUUUGGCAAGUCAGGGAAGGAUUCAAAGGUCAUGGGUCAGAUUCCAAUGAACACGCCGGCCAACAUUCCGGUCCCUGAUUCUGCUUGGAUGAGAUCUUAUAUUACUGAGACAGAGAAGGAGCAGAGCAAGCACGCCAUUGCUGUUGCUGCUGCCACCGCCGCUGCCGCAGAUGCUGCUGUUGCGGCAGCACAGGCGGCGGUGGCGGUUGUUAGACUCACUAGCCAAGGCAGAGGAGCUUUGUUUGUUGGUGGGAGAGAGAGAUGGGCUGCUGUCAAGAUUCAGAAUGUUUUUCGGGGUUAUUUGGCCCGAAAAGCACUUCGAGCUCUAAGAGGAUUGGUAAAAUUACAGGCUCUUGUUAGAGGGUACCUUGUCCGAAAACGAGCUGCUGCAACUCUUCAUAGUAUGCAAGCUCUAAUCAGAGCUCAGGCUUCUGUCCGAACCCAAAGAGCUCGUCGUUCGAUCAAAAAUGAUUGUCGAUUUCAACUCGAAAUGAGAGCUAGAAAGUCCAUUGAAAAAUUUGAUGACACAAGAAGUGAAUUCCACAGCAAGAGACUAUCAUCUUCUUAUGACACUACAGAGGGAAGCCCAAAAACUGUUGAAAUCGACACAUACAAGCCGGAAACUAGAUCCGGCCGGAUCAACACCGGUAUGCCGGAUUCCGGCGAUGACCCACAUUACCAAGCUAUAUCAUCACCUCUUCCAUGGCCAACUCGGCCUCAAAUCUCCAUACCCCAAUGCCGACAUCUUCAAGACUCUGAAUGGUACUCCGCAGGUGAUGAAUGCAAGUUUCCCACUGCCCAGAGCACUCCCCGGUUUGGAAAUUCUGGCUGGUCCAACGCUCCGGCCAAGAGUGUAUGCGGCGACAGCUUCUUCCGGGCAUACUCCAACUAUCCUAGCUACAUGGCCAACACACAGUCUUUUAGUGCCAAACUGAGAUCUCAUAGUGCUCCAAAGCAGAGACCAGAGGCAGGGGCAAAGAAGAGGCUUUCACUUAAUGAGAUUAUGGCAUCAAGGACUAGUUUCAGUGGGGUUAGAGUGCAGCAUUCCUGUUCUCAAGUUCAAGAUGAUGAGCAUUUUUGAGGAUUUUGUUUAGAGAAAAAGGGAAUGAUUUGCAUAGGAAAUGGUUUGUUUAGAGAGUAGACAAGCUGAACUAAUAGAUAAUUAAAUUCUGUUGUGGUUUUCUUUUCCAAUUUUAUGUUGAGAAAAUAGGUUAGGCAGCAAAGUAAUUGUGUAAAUUGUAAUAGUGUUGGUUUUAAUCAAGCUUCAUCAUGAAUGGAAUGAGAGCUAUUCAAGUUAUGGGAUUUUAAUUGAA